CACCUUAUCCCCUCCCCCUUUUAAAAUGGCUACCACUGAAUAGGUCCCUGAUCUUUCAAGCCAUGUUUUCUCAGUUGUUUGUAUUGUCUAGCAGAGGAGACAUACUCGUCUUCAGAGACUAUAGAGGUGAUGUUGACAAGGACACUCCUGACAUAUUCUUCAAGUACAUCAAGAAAUGGAAAGAGGAAAAUGGAGCGUAUCCCCCGCCGGCCAUUAAUCAAGACAAGACUCAUUUCCUGUACGUACGAAGGAAUAAUCUUUAUUUUGUGGGCGUGACUAAAUUCAACGUGGCCCCUGCCUGUGCAUUAGAAGUCCUUGGAAGAGUGGCCCAGUUGUGCAAGGAUUAUUGUGGAGUGCUUAAUGAAGAGUCUCUACGUCUUAAUUUUAUAUUAGUAUAUGAAUUAUUGGAUGAAGUUUUAGAUUUUGGUUAUCCUCAGCAAACUAAUACUGAGAUUUUAAAGUCAUACGUUUCUAAUCAGCCAGUGGGUGUGGUUGUUGGCUCAGACUCCAGUGGUACAAAGCGUACAUUACCAUCAACAGCUGCUAAUAAACCAAUAGCAGUAUCACUGGACUCAAUGAAAGAUCAGAAGUAUGAGAUAUUUGUUGACCUUUUGGAGCGGCUAACAGUACUGGUAGCAUCAAACGGACACACACUGAGGUCACAUAUUGAUGGAUCACUGGUGAUGAGGAGCUUCCUUGGGGGAAACGCAGAGGUACAUUUAGGUCUGAACACUGACCUGGUGAUAGGACGGGAGGAGAGGAUGGUACGAGGAACAGGAUCCGUCGUCCUGGAGGAUUGUUCAUUUCACGAAAAGGCAAACCUGACAGACUUUGAUAGAGACAGAAACCUUUCAAUAGGAGCACAAGAUGGAGAAUUCACUGUUAUGAAGUAUCGUGUGGCUGCUAGUGACAUUCUGAAUCCAAUACCAUUCAGGAUAUUCACUAACAUUGAAGAUGGACAGUUUCCAAGGAGUCUUCGUAUUACUGUUAGAAUAAAAUGUGAGAUGCCAGUCAAGUCCUCAGGGACCAAUAUUGUAGUUCGGAUACCAGUACCUAAGACAACUAUCAGUGUGUCUAGUGAGCCAUUGGGUGCUGGGAGCAGCACUGAAUACCGCGAACCUGACAAGAUGUACAUUUGGAAACUGAAGAAACUUGAAGGAGGGAAUGAAGAGCAGCUAGUAAUGAAGCUCAAUCUGAGUGAGGUUACCAAAGCAACCAAGAAGGAGGUAAAUUCAGUGAGCAUGGAGUUUGAGAUACCCAUGUACAUAUGCUCUGGACUCCAGAUCAGGUUUCUGAGGAUAUUUGAGAAAGGGCGUCCUGUGUCUCCGUAUCGCUGGGUUAGGUACAUAACUCACAGUGACUCUUAUGUGUUUAGGGUAUGAUCAUUGUAUUAUCAUCAUUGUUAUUAUUAUUAUUAUUAUUAGCUGUUUUAUUCAUUUUAGUUUCUUUUAAGGUUAAAAUUUUACAUUUGUGCCUUCGUUUUGUUUUUGAUUCUGUUUAUAAUACUGUAAUAGAAUUUAUUAUUAAAAAUA